UAGUAGUUUGUAGACAUGCAGUUCACACUAGCAUUGGAUGGGAGCACACGCCCUAACACAAUGAGAAGAUCUGGUGAGGGUGCUGGGAGUGAGAGGUUGAUGGAAAGAUUGAAUAUUGGGGGCAUCAAGCAAGAGAAAGCAUUGAGGAAUAGGUGCUUUGGUGGUAAAGUUGCUGGAACUGCACAAUGUGUGCUUACUUCGGAUGCUGGUGUGGACACUCUUAAUGUUCAAACACAAUCCUCCCGAAGGAGUUAUGCUGAUGCAAACCAUGUGUCUGCUGUCAUUUUGGGUGGAGGCACUGGAGCUCAGCUCUUUCCUCUGACAAGCACAAAUGCUACGCCUGCUGUUCCUGUUGGAGGAUGUUACAGGCUUAUUGAUAUCCCUAUGAGCAACUGCUUCAACAGUGGCAUAAAUAAGAUAUUUGUGAUGACUCAGUUCAAUUCUGCUUCUCUUAAUCGCCAUAUUCAUCGUACAUACCUUGGUGGAGGGAUCAACUUUACUGAUGGAUCUGUACAGGUAUUAGCGGCUACACAAAUGCCUGAAGAGCCUGCUGGAUGGUUUCAGGGUACAGCAGAUGCUAUCAGAAAAUUUAUCUGGGUACUUGAGGACUAUUACAAUCACAAAGAUAUUGAGCACAUUCUAAUCUUGUGUGCCGACCAGCUUUAUCGGAUGAAUUACAUGGAACUUGUGCAGAAACAUGUCGAUGACAAUGCUGACAUUACUAUAUCAUGUGCUCCCGUUGAUGAGAGCCGAGCUUCUAACCAUGGACUGGUGAAGUUUGAUAAUACUGGCCGUGUACUCCAAUUUUUCGAGAAACCAAUGGGCAUCGAUUUGGAAUCUAUGAGAGUUGAUACCAACUUCCUCAGCUAUGCGAUAGGUAACACACAUAAAUUUCCCUUCAUUGCAUCAAUGGGUGUUUAUGUCUUCAAAAGAGAUGUACUUUUCAGCCUUCUCAAGUCAAAAUAUGCACAACUACAUGAUUUUGGAUCCGAAAUCCUCCCAAGAGCUGUACUAGAGCAUAAUGUGCAGGCAUGUAUCUUCACGGACUAUUGGGAGGACAUUGGAACAAUCAAAUCUUUUUUCGAUGCAAACUUGGCCCUCGCUGAGCAGUCUCCCAAGUUCGAAUUUUAUGAUCCAAAAACGCCUUUCUUCACUUCACCUCGGUACUUACCUCCGACAAGAUUGGAGAAGUGCAAGAUCAAAGAUGCAAUUAUCUUAGAUGGUUGUUUGCUGAGUGAAUGUACAAUUGAGCAUUCUGUUGUUGGAGUCUGUUCACGUCUUAACUCUGGAUGUGAACUCAAGGAUACUAUGAUGAUGGGGGCCGAUCUAUAUGAAACUGAAGAAGAAAUUUUAAAGGUACUAUUAGCUGGGAAGGUCCCAAUCGGUAUAGGAGAGAACACAAAGAUAAGGAACUGUAUCAUCGAUAUGAAUGCCAGAAUUGGGAAGAAUGUGUUCAUUGCAAACAAUGAGGGUAUCCAUGAAGCUGAUCACCCGGAAGAGGGGUACUACAUAAGGUCUGGAAUUGUAGUGAUCUUAAAGAACGCGACCAUCAAGGAUGGGUCUAUCAUAUAGACGGUAUGCCCCUGUACUGUAAGUCAAGAACCUGCAAUGCAAUCAUCUCGAUGGACCACGUAACUGUGGUACGGGAAGAGGUGGCUAGACAGAGAGCAAGAGAGUUCGGAUACAAGACGCAUAGCCUGGCAUGACUUGGUUGAUCUUGGACCUUGGUAUCGCUAUAUGUAAUAAGCUGCCCGGAAAGUCGCAGCAACCUUUUAUGAACCUUCAUAUUUUCGUUACUUGGAU